AUGCUUCGCGCUUCGUCCCAGCUCUGCCCUUUCUGCGAACUUCGCACCUUCUUCCCCGUUCGCCCUCCCACAGCAAUCACGUCGCAAUGGCAACAAGUGCGCUUCGCCUCACAGCUCCAGAGACGCCCGAAGCCUGCGCGCAUGGAGUUGUCAGCCAAGGUCGCCCAGUCAAAAUCUAAGCCCACCACACGCAGAACCGACGGCCCCUUCGCUGGUCUCAACCGCACCAAAGUCCCCCGCUCUCUCCUCCAGGAACAGGCAGCAAAGGCGUCGAAGCCAGCGCGUCCCCGAGACUCGACGUCUCCCAAACACUCCCGAGAUGCAAAGAGCAAAAACCCAAAGGACGAUCCCAGGUGGUACAAGGCGUUGAAAGAGCGGCGCGCCCUGAGCCCCGUGUCCUACGAUCGACGAUCAAUCGUGAAGGAGCGGAUCGCCGAGAUAGACGAUUUUCAGCAGUUCCCGUUGCUACCCGUUAUACAAAACUCGAUCCUCACGCAAGGCCUGCCAGGUCUGGAGGAUAUAACACCAACACCGGCCCAGCGCGUGGCCAUGCCUGCACUACUCAACAUGGACGCCAAAGGCCAGAGGCGAGACUCUGAGAGCGAGGUUGCAGAAAUGCAGCAGUUCUUGCUUGCAGCUGAGACAGGCUCAGGCAAGACGCUCGCUUAUCUCCUCCCCGUCCUGGAUGCAAUCAAACGUGCAGAGAUGAAAGAGAAGGAAGAGGCAGAGCAAGAGAAGGCCAUGUUAAAAGAAAAGAAGGGGGAGAAGAUGUUUGAGCUCGAGCCGCCGCCGCUCGCGGGCGAGGAGAACCCCGACGCUGGGCGACCUCGUGCCAUCAUCCUCGUCCCUUCAGCAGAGCUCGUGGAUCAGGUCGGCGCGGUUGUCAAAGCCUUCUCGCAUACCGUGAAGUUCAGAGCGGCGCUCAUCUCAGCUGCCUUUUCCAGUAUCGUCAUCAGAAACCGUCUCUUCGCUCCUAGUGGCGUCGACAUUGUCAUUGCCACUCCGCAUUUGCUUUCCAGCAUUGCGGAGAGCGAUCCUAACAUUCUCAGCCGGGUCAGCCAUCUUGUCGUCGAUGAGGCAGACUCCCUUCUUGAUCGUUCUUUCUCGCCGCUCACUUCUGCCAUAAUCGACAGGUCCACCCCAUCAUUGCGCCAGCUUGUUUUCUGCUCUGCAACUAUCCCUCGUAGCAUGGACACGUAUCUGCGAACACGCUUCCCUGAUAUGAAGAGGCUGGUCACGCCCAACAUCCACGCCAUUCCUAGGCGCGUGCAGCUUGGGGUUGUUCAGGUUGACCAGCAGCCAUACAAGGGAAACAAGGAUCUUGCCUGCGCGGAUACGAUCUGGAAUAUUGGUCGUUCCGCCGCAGAGCAUCACGACGAUCAGAAGGAGAUCGUGAGGACGAAGCGCAUUAUCGUCUUCGUUAACGAACGCGAGAAGGCUGUUGAGCUGGCCAAAUAUCUCGUCUCCAAGGGCAUUGACGCCAUCGCACUGAACAGAGACACUUCAGACCAGAGACAGUCACAUGCCCUAGCCGAUUUCCGGGGCUUAACGUCCGAUAUUGACGCCGAGGACGUGAAGAAGAGCACCAAGAACGAGCGCAGGCUUGCUAACACCAAAGUUCUUGUUGCUACGGACCUCGGCUCCCGCGGUAUUGACACGGUUGCUGUGAAGCAUGUCAUCUUGUAUGAUGUGCCACACUCAACUGUUGACUUCAUCCACCGGCUCGGCCGUACGGGGCGCAUGGGCAGACGUGGCCGUGGCAUUGUGCUGCUUGGCAAGGGCGACCGUGCUGACGUUGUCAAGGACGUCAGAGAGGGCAUGUUCCAUGGCCAGGCUCUCAUCUAA